CGUACAUACAUACAAACCUCCUCCUCUUUCAUCCCUUGUUGGUUUCUGCUUCAACCCACUCUCGGCUUUCAUAAUAUCUUAUCGCUCUCUUCUGGGUUCUCUCUCUCUCAUCCCCGACAUGGGAGAACUAGCUCGUCAUCAUCCUCAGGAGCUGCAACUCCACAUCGUGGAGGAUCAAGAAGCGAAAGAAGAGAACUCAUCCCUACCCACAAGCAUCAUCACCAAUAAUCAAGCAACAAUAAUCCCUAAACCCAAGAACUUCGGGUGGUGGAUUAGAGUGGCUCUCUACUCAUUCUUGGUGCUCUCUAGCCAAUCGGUGGCCACACUCCUUGGGAGGCUCUACUACAACAAAGGAGGCAAUAGUAAGUGGCUUGCAACACUUGUCCAACUCGUGGGCUUCCCAAUCCUCUUCCUUCUCUACUUUAUCCCCACACCAAAAGACCGCAACAACCCAAACAUCCAAAUGCACCCACAAGCUCAAUCUCAAUCGCAAUCACCCUCUCUCAAAAGCCUCGCUCUUGUGUACCUCUCCAUAGGCACAAUUCUGGCUAUAGAUUGCUAUUUAUACUCACUUGGCCUCCUAUAUCUCCCUGUCUCCACCUACUCCCUUAUUUGCUCCUCCCAAUUGGCCUUCAAUGCCCUCUUCUCCUUCUUCCUAAAUGGCCAAAAGUUUACCCCCUACAUCAUUAACUCCCUAGUCCUCCUCACAAUCUCCUCAACCCUCCUUGUGUUCCAAUCAGAUUCGGAAGACCCUACGGGGGUCUCCACAGGGAAAUAUGGCCUAGGGUUUGUGUGCACUAUUGGCGCAUCAGCUGGUUAUGGGCUUGUCCUAUCCUUGACCCAACUUAGCUUUAGGAGGGUCAUAAGAAAGGAGACAUUUAGGGCAGUUUUGGACAUGCUUGUGUACCAGUCUUUAGUGGCUAGUGUGAUUAUUUUGGCGGGGUUGUUUGCGAGUGGAGAGUGGGAGCAUUUGGGGAGAGAGAUGGAUGAGUAUGAGCUUGGGAAGGUGAGCUAUGUGAUGAACUUGGUUGGGACAGGAAUUUCUUGGCAAGUGUUUGGAAUCGGUGCAAUUGGAUUGAUAUUGGACGUGUCGUCCUUGUUCUCGAACUCGAUUAGUGCAGUGGGGUUGCCGAUUGUGCCCAUCUUCGCUGUCGUGUUCUUUGGGGAUAGGAUGAAUGGGAUCAAGGUAAUAUCUAUGAUCUUAGCAAUUUGGGGCUUCGUUUCUUAUGUGUACCAACAUUAUUUGGACGAUGCCAAGUUGAAGGGUCAAAGGAAUAGUGUUGGUGGGGAUGAGUUUAGUAUAAGAUGGCCACUAAAUGCUCCAAAUGCAAGAGUUGGUGAAUGAUUAAGAUGGUGGAGUGUUUUGGUUUGUGUUUAGCUAAGUUCAAGUAGAGAUCUCGUGCUGUAACCACUUGGGGGAAAAAACGUGGAACUGAAUAAGAUGAUUGAAAAUGUUGCUAAUACUUUGAUUUUUUUCUCUAUGCUUUGAUUACAAGAAAGGCAUCUUGUCUUUA